CGCGGUUUGCGGGUCAUCCCGGCCGAUGUUGUGUCCGAUGUUAAUAAUAGAGCGAUCCUUUCCCGUCGAACGCAGCAACAUUUGGAAGAGAAAGACAGAAAGAGAGGGAGAGAGAGUACAAUACGGAGGGGCAUGGCGGGGUACUCUUAGCCCGGCGACCAGAUUUCGAACUCUUCCAAAUCGAAAAGAAGCUCACAAAUCGACUGGACCGGGAAAGGACGCAGCAAACGCGGUGCGGAAUUAAUCAUCAUUAAUCGCACAAAACGGGAACAUGUUGAAUGUGAAAUACGAAAUAAUAUCCUUCAGGCGCAGUGUGAAUGAGAGUUGGCAGGCGUUAAAAAAACACGCACUCAAAGAAGGAAAAAAACCGAAAGCGAGAAGAACGCCAGCGGAAAGAAGAAGACGACUGGUAGAAAAGCGCGAUGGCGGGCCUCCGUUCGUCUCUUUCUGUCGCACGCACAGCAAACGCCAACUCCGCACUCUUCUGUGGGGUGUCGUGUCUAUCACGAAAUCGGUUUUCUGUUUUUUUCUUUCUACAUUUUUUCCUCUUUCUCGCCCUCUCUCCGCUCAGCGAAUGGGAGAGUGAACGAGAGAGCGAGCGAAUACGACGAAAUGUGAGGUUAGCUUUUGACAUUUCCCCCAAAAAGAAUCUGGCUGGCUGGUUGGCUGUGGCUGGCGCUUCCUUCUCGAGAGAACACUUCACAUGAAUUGGCGCCGCAAUUUUCGGGCACAACAAUGCCCUUCCGUGACGGUCGACGACGGUAAAGGAUUGAAUAAAUAGGCGUCAUCCACUAGCGGCGGCACCACGUCAUUACCCCCGUUAAUCAUGACCCACAAAAUCGAACGGCAUGCAGAAAGCGAAAAGAACGUUUGCUAAAUGGAUGAAAGUUUGAUCGAACUGCCGCGCGGCCCGAGUGUGUUGCUACGAUUGUUGAGCAUUGCAGCAGCAAGGACCUACUACGACGACGACGACGACAGCGGCGUCAAAGGCCGGGAGUGGCUGCAGAAAGUGAACGCAGGACAGAAAAAGUGACUCGCGACGUGCUCCACCGAUGAGCAUGAGCAACAAUACCGUUGUACGUUAUUUUAGGACCCGGCACGGAAUCGCCUCUUCCGGUGGUGGUGCAACACUACUUGCACGGCUAGCAGCACCGGUGCAUGGCGGCAAAUGUUGCUCUUGUGCAAGGGAUGUAACGCUGUGCUUUGUGGCCGCCUCACGCUGGAGUUGAAACGCGCGCGCCAGCCACACUGACCGUUGUUGCUUGGUUCUCUUCUGUAAUCCGGAGUCCGCUUGGAAGCUAUGUACGAUUCCCUGGACCAUGUGUACAGUACUUUUGCGUGGCCUCGCGCACUGUGUAUAGAUCAAAGUAGCCCGGAAUCAACGUUUGUGUAUGUGUGUGAUUGUGAUUGUGGUCCAUCGGCGUGGAACAAGUGGUGAACAUAGUAAACCUAGCUGCUGUUGUAGUAACCAUUGAUUGACGAAUAGAGAUCAGAACAGAAGCUGUCGUUGAACGCGCGCGAGACUGCUAGUGUGUUAGCGCAGUGUGUGUAGUGUAUAGGAGUGUGUUAAGUGUGAUAGAGUAUGACACACAACCUGGGCAUGGCGUAUCGGUUACCAGCACCAGGCGGACUGUGUCCGCCGGAUUUCAAAUCCCCCUCGGAGUCGCCGCAACUACCAAUCUCGGCGCCAAGCAAUCCGAAGAAGCGAAGGAAAACGUCGAACGCCGCGAACGCGAACGCAGUGACAGCGCAGCCUACUCCGACGCCCUCACCUCAAGAUCUCCUGCCACCACCACCGACGGGGUACGGGGACACGAUAGUGGCCUCGAACCCGUUCGACGACACCCCGCCUCCCUCGGUGGCCUCCGUUGCAUCGCCGCACAUGGGUCACAUGGGCCACCAUCACGGUCCGCAUCACGGUGGCCAUGGAGGGCCCGGACCGGGCCCAAUGAUGGGUGGCCACAUGGGCGGUGGUGGUGGUGGUGGUAUGGUGGGGCACGGUGGUGGCGGUCCGAUGGGUAUGAACCAUAUGGGUCCGAUGCACGGUCACCAUAUGGGCCCGAUGGGGGGUGGACAUUCGCACGGACCACCCCAUGGUCCCCCUCACGGCGGUGGUCCGAUGGGUGGUGGUGGUGGUAUGCCUCACGGUAUGCCACCGCACGGUAUGGGCCAUCCCGGAGGUCCAGGCGGUCAUGGCGGAUCCCCGCAUCCCGGUAUGGGAGGACCGGGCCCCGGAGGUCCGAUGGUGGUAGGUCCGGGAGGCCCCCAGGGACCACCGAUGCGCGGUAUGAGCCCGAUGGGCAUGGGAAACCAUCCGGGAAUGGGCCAUCCCGGGAUGCACAUGAACGCCGGUGGUGGUGCCGGUGGCGGUAUGGGCCCGAUGGUCGGCGGCGGAAUGAUGCAGCGUGGUGGCGGCAUGAGUCCGAUGGGCGCGAUGGGCCCGGGCGCCCAAAUGGGUGGCCUCAGUCCGAUGGGAGCGGCCGGAGGCGGUAUGAACCAG